AUGCCCCUGGGCGCCGUUGGUGGUGCCAUCAUCCUCAGUCCCUGUAAUGAGUACCUUGGCAGAAAGAUGUCAAUCAUCAUUUCCUGUAUCCUCUACACCAUUGGAGGUGCGCUGUGCGCCGGCGCCCAAAACUUCGGUAUGAUUGUCUCUGCACGAGUUAUCCUGGGCAUGGGUGUCGGUCUCGAGGGUGGUACCGUCCCUGUCUACGUCGCCGAAACCGCCGAGCGAAGAAUUCGUGGCAACGUCGUUUCUCUCUACCAACUCAAUAUUGCACUUGGCGAAGUCCUUGGAUACGCUAUCGCCGCUAUGUUCAUCCACGUCCCUGGCAACUGGCGCUGGAUCCUCGGCUCUUCCCUCCUCUUUUCUACCAUCAUGUUCGCCGGCAUGCUCUUCCUUCCCGAAUCUCCUCGUUACCUGAUGCAUAAGGGUCGCACACUUGAUGCCUUCAAGGUGUGGAAGCGAAUUCGCGGCACUUCGACGCCCGAGGCCAGGGAGGAAUUCUUCAUCAUGAAGGUCUCUGUUUUGGACGAGAAGCAAGUUGUCGCCGAGGGUGCCAAGAACAAGCGCUUCCCCUGGAUGGACUUCUUCACCGUUCCCCGCGCCCGUCGCGCCUUGAUCUACGCCAACAUUAUGAUCCUCCUAGGCCAGCUUACCGGUGUCAACGCCAUCAUGUACUACAUGUCCAUCCUCAUGCAGCAAAUCGGCUUUAACGACGAGAAGGCUACCUACAUGUCUCUUGUUGGUGGCGGUUCGCUGCUCAUUGGUACCAUUCCUGCUUGCUUCUACAUGGAGAAGUUUGGCCGUCGCUUCUGGGCCAACGCUAUGCUUCCUGGAUUCUUCUUUGGUCUCAUCAUCAUUGGUGUUAGCUACCAGAUCCCAACCACAACAAACACGACCGGCGCCGUAGCCUGCUACCUUGUUGGUCUUGCAUUGUACAUGGGCUUCUUCGGAUGCUAUGCCUGUCUCACUUGGGUUGUUCCCUCCGAAGUUUACCCUACCUACCUUCGAUCUUACGGCAUGACUACUUCAUCUGGUCUGCUUUUCCUGUCUUCUUUCAUUGUCACCUACAACUUCUCCGCCAUGCAGGAAGCUAUGACGCGUACUGGUCUGACUCUCGGCUUCUACGGUGGAAUUGCUAUCCUUGGUUGGUUCUACCAAAUUCUGUUCAUGCCAGAGACGAAGGACAAGACCCUUGAGGACAUUGACCUUCUCUUCCAAAAGCCGACUCGGGAGAUCGUUGCCCUGAAUAUCAAGAACACCGUUGAAAGCUGUAGCAACUUCUUCAUGGGUCGCUGGGGCAGCAGUGCUCGGCCCGCUCGGGAGCUAGAGGUUGACGAGAAGAACGACAAGGAUAUUGUCGCCUAA